ACAGGCUCCAGCUCGAAAAUCUUGGCACCGGCUGUGGUGAUCAGUUCGCCGUUUUCUUCAAUUGAGUCCUGUUGCUGGCCGAGGAGCGUCUUGAUAGCGGCGAUCUCAAGCGGGACGUUACAUUCUUCAAUCGUUUCCUGCUAAUCACAUCCGUCAGCCAAGGGUUCCGAAGCUGAGUAUGUCUGCGCCUCGAUAUGCACUUUGAAACCUCUGGCGCCACGACCACUGAACCCUGCUUUCCAGUCCCAGAUCAACAUAUGACCAUCUGGACAGACCCCACACAAUAUGCCCAAGACGCAACUUAAAGGCAGUGUGGACUGUACUCCCGAGGUAUACUGGUACGAGACCGCGAUCCCCAAAGUCAAAGGUGUGCCCAGGCUAAGCCUGGAGAUACCAACCCAAAGUUUCGACGGAAAAAACAAGCGCUUCGGGGCCCUGAAUUAUGCUCCCAAGCCGAACUGGAUACCUUGGCGCUUGACUUUGAAGACCUGGAAGCGACCCAAGCUGCAGUCCAAGCUAAGCUUGGAGAUGCUCACAUGAACACCUAGAUCCACAGCUCGGGACCCGACACCCAAGGCCAUCAUCUGAAGACAGACACGAAGACCUGGACAUUGUGUCGGGGAACUUUGAUGCUCCUGGCUCGCAUGCGGGGAAGAAGGGGCAACAAGAGGAGUGCAUUCAAGGGUGGAUGAGGAAAGAAGCAGUCAUACCUGAUCGAGAGGAGUCUCCUCGAUGACCAUAUCGAUCUCGGUCUGUGUGGAGGUUAGUGAGACCUGGUAGCUAAUGCGGUCUUUGAUCAAUAGCUUACCGACGGGGGAGUGGAGGCUUGCCCAGCUUGCACAGCCUGUGCGUCAAGCAUUUUGCGCUGGCGUAAGGUAGUUUUUGCCAUCUCGGAUGAUGAUAAAUGGUCGUCGCAAGGAUGAAGUAAGAGCAGAAGUUGCGGUUGUGGUUGACCUCUGUAGAAGUGAAAGGAUGAUGAUGAAGGAAGAAGAGAAGAGAGGGAGGGAGGGGAGAGAGGAGAGAAUUUAUAGGCAGCAGAGGGAGGGGCUGGUUACGAAAAGCGCACGUUGAAUCACAGUGGCCGCAUUCUAUUGUUCUCUAUUCUGCAUUCGAACUGCAGUGCUGAUUGGGUGGUAGGUUGCGAGAAAAGUGAAUGCCGUUUGGCGAUGACAGCUGGCAGCAACUCGCAGUAACUUGCAUCUAGCAGUGCAUUGCCAGUGUCAUUCAUCACCUCACUCUAUCUAGCGUAAUAACAGGUUCUCUUGAUUUCCUUAUUCUGUCUCUUUACACCUCGAGAUCCUUGCUCAACUUCCAAGUGUUCAUCCAUUACUCUGUACCCCUAACAUCGACACUAAAAAACUUCCAUCGCCAACAUGUCCCGUCCACGGCCGGGCUCGCGGUGCCGACGCAAGAUGCGGAGGGAAAGAGAGGAGCUGGGAGAAUGGGUGCCGAAGCAAGAAAAGGAGCCCGCCCAAGCUGCCGCCGAUCCAGUUCGGGCCUCGACCAUCGAAUCUACCGCCGAAGCGGCCGCCAGUGCUUCAGCUCCGGAUUCCAAAGACACAACUGAUGAAACGAAGGCACGUCCUUGUCAACAUCGUCAUCUUCCUGAUCGUCACUACUACUAUCGCCAGGAGAAGUUUGAACGUCGCUUUGUGGCCCUUGAUCGGUGUAUCAAGGAACGUAUUGAUGCCAACAUCGUAAAGUGGCGCGCUGCCAUAGACGCAGACACCAAGAAACUGCGCCGUCAACACAAAGAGCUGUUAACCAAGGUUAAGAGCGAAGCAGAGCAGAUUCGGCGCGAGUACCAGGUGGAUAUUAGAGACACGAAAAAAGAAAUCAACCGCCUCGAACGGAAAGUGGACGAGAUACAAGAGGAAAACAAGACUCUCCGGGAUGAGAUCGCGCGUGAACGUCGCCGCAUGAUGUACGAGCGAUACGAUGGUCCUUCGCAUGACCAGCAAGCAGAGCGUGCCGAGUGA